CUGUUAACGAAUAAAAAGAUGCUUAGACAAUUUCAUUUCUCACAUUAAGUGAUCAGUUUGUGGAAAGUAGUCACUUGGGUCAGUGCUUUGAUAUUAAAGUGUGCAUAGGUGACGGUGCCUCCACAUUAAUUUUGCAGAAUACACUUAUAAUAUAACCAUAUAGUAUAAUCAAAAUGAAUGGAAAGGAUGAAAACGACUAUGACGAAAGGACAUCCGCGGGUAUGGAAGAAUACUCAGACGAAUGGGAGCAUGGAAGCAAACGAACCAUAAGUUUUUUCAAACUAUAUCGAUUUUCAUCGGCUUUUGAAAAUAUUCUACUAUUUAUUGGAUUAAUAAUGUCCCUUAUAAAAGCGCUUACACUCCCAGCAGUGGUAAUAGUUUAUAGUGAAUUUACCGCAAUGUUAGUCGAUCGCACAUUGGCAAUUGGUACCAGUUCUAAAACGUAUGCACUACCCAUUUUCGGUGGUGGCAAAAUGCUAACGAACGCAACAAACGAAGAGAAUAUGUCGGAGUUGUACAAUGAUUCCAUUUCUUAUGGCAUUCUUUUGGCAAUAACAUCUAUAAUUAUGUUGAUAUCGGGUGUUCUAACUGUGGAUAUUUUUAAUUUUGUGGCGUUGAGACAAGUAACCCGGAUGCGAAAAAUAUUAUUCGAAUCUGUUAUUAGACAAGACAUUGCGUGGCAUGAUAUGGCGACUAAACAAAACUUCACGCAGCAAAUAAUAGAUGAUGUAGAAAAAGUCAGGGACGGGAUGUCCGAGAAGGUUGCUCACUUCUUAUACCUCAUAUUUGGAUUUAUUAUAACAAUAUGCAUAUCGUUUGCUUAUGGUUGGAAGCUCACAUUGGCAGUCAGUGUAUACAUACCAAUUGUUAUUUUACUGAAUUAUUAUGUGGGAAAGUAUCAAAGUAAGCUAACCAAAAGAGAACAGGAAUCCUACGCCGGAGCCGGAAACAUUGUGGAGGAAGUUCUUACUGCUAUACGAACUGUCGUAGCCUUUGGUGCGGAGAAAAAGGAAUCCGAGCGCUAUGAUAACUAUUUGAUACCUGCUCGUAAAGCCAGUCAAAGCAAGGGUGCGUUCUCGGGAUUUAGUGACGGUGUUUUAAAAUCAAUGCUCUUUCUUUCUUGCGCUGGCGCAUUCUGGUAUGGCGUUAACUUAAUUCUUGAAAAUAGAAAUUUGGAAGACAAGGAGUAUACCCCUGCAAUUUUAAUGAUAGCAUUUUUUGGAAUUAUUGUUGGUGCUGAUAAUAUUGCACGUACGGCACCAUUUUUAGAAUCCUUUUCUACUGCACGAGGUUCGGCCACAAAUAUUUUCAAAGUUAUCGAUACGAAAUCAAAGAUUGACCCAUUAUCCAGUGAUGGCAAACUACUUAACUAUGGAUUGCGGGGAGAGAUUGAAUUUAAAGAUGUAUUCUUUCGGUAUCCAUCUCGUCCAGAUAUUAUUGUACAUCGCGGGCUGAAUUUCAAAGUUAACGGGGGUCAGACUGUAGCUCUCGUUGGUUCAUCUGGUUGCGGAAAAUCGACUUGCAUUCAACUUUUGCAGCGCUUCUAUGAUCCAAUUUUCGGUUCAGUUACUUUAGAUGGUUUGGACAUUAAAAAAUAUAAUAUCCAUUGGUUGAGAUCUAACAUGGCGGUGGUUGGUCAAGAACCGGUAUUAUUCCAAGGAACUAUAGCGGAUAAUAUUAGUUAUGGCAAAGCAACCGCUACUCAACGAGAGAUAGAGGCUUCAGCCAAAGCUGCUGGUGUGCAUGACUUUAUUUGCAGUUUGCCUGAGAGUUACCUUACUGUUAUCGGCGAAAAGGGAUCUCAGCUCUCCGGUGGGCAAAAGCAGCGUAUUGCUAUAGCGCGAGCUCUUAUACAGGAUCCUAAAAUACUAUUGCUGGACGAAGCAACAUCUGCACUAGAUUAUCAUUCUGAAAAAGACAUUCAACAAGCUUUGGACUUGGUAAGCAAAGGUCGAACAACCAUUGUUGUAUCUCACCGGUUAUCAGCUAUACGCGGGGCGGAUAAAAUAGUAUUCUUACAUGAAGGCAAAGUAUUCGAAGAGGGUUCACACGAGGAUCUCAUAGCAUUGAAAGGAAUGUAUUAUAAUAUGGUACGCGCUGGUGAUAUAAAUGUAGCGGAUGCUACUGAGGACAAUGCAAUGGAAGAGAAGAAAAUUAAUGUCAGCUCGUUCGAGAAAUCUUUCGAAACUGAUUUAAUAAAUUUGGAUAAAAAUCAUAUUUCAUAUGAACACCCAGUCUUGCAUGCCAAUCAUAAAGAGAAAACAACAGAUGAUGAUGACGCUUCUGGAGGAAACUUCUUUAUAACGUUCAGACGAAUUUUAAAGAUUGCACGCCCGGAGUGGUGUAUGCUUCUUUUUGGUGCCGCAUGUGCGAUAGCGUUUGGCUUCACUUAUCCAGCAUUUUCGGUAAUCUUUGGAGAAUUUUAUGCCGCUUUAGCGCAACCUGACGAAGAAGUUGCUUUGCAUCGCACUUCGCUUCUAUCAAUUUACUGCUUAAUAUUGGGAGUCUUAACUGGUGUGGGCUGCUUUCUACAAACAUAUUUAUUCAAUUAUGCGGGUGUAUGGUUAACAACAAGAAUGCGCUCAAUGACAUUUAUGGCGAUAAUGCGACAAGAAGCGGCUUGGUUCGACCAAGAAACUAACUCUGUGGGCUCACUCUCAGCGAGAUUAACCGGCGACGCCUCCGGUGUACAAGGCGCUAUUGGCUAUCCACUAAGCGGUUUACUGCAAGCAUUUUCUAACUUUGUCAUCGCAUUAACGCUAUCACUUUAUUAUUCAUGGAAGCUGGCUUUAGUGUGCGUAUGCGCUUGUCCCGUUAUAAUCGGAUCCAUCAUAUUUGAAUCCAAAUUCAUGAGUGCUUCUUUGGUACACGAGAAGACAGCUUUGGAGGAGGCGUCUCGCAUUGCAACAGAAGCCAUAUCGAAUAUUCGAACAAUCGCUGGUUUGCGGCGCGAAGCUCAGAUUAUCGAACGUUAUAACCUGGAAAUUGACAAAGUUAGGUCAAUAAUCGGACAAAAGUUAAAGUAUCGAGGUUUGAUCAAUGCAUCUGGACAAGCAUUCGUAUUCUUUGCUUAUGCAGCGGCCCUUUGCUAUGGGGGAGUGUUAGUGUCAGAAGGAAAGGUUCCAUUCCAAGAUAUUAUCAAAGUAUCAGAAACACUUUUAUAUGGGUCCAUGAUGUUAGCUCAAUCAUUAGCCUUCGCUCCGGCCUUUACUGCUGCUCUAGUAGCGGCCCAUCGGCUAUUCCAAAUUUUAGAUCGUACGCCAAAAGUUUUAUCUCCUCAUGGACGAGAGAACACGACCGCAGGGAAAGGGCCAAUAAUGUUCGAAGGUGUACGAUUUUCAAAUAUCGAAUUUAAAUAUCCCACACGACCGGAUGUGAAAAUUUUAAACGGACUAAAUUUGGAAGUGCAAAAGGGAAAGACUGUGGCUCUGGUUGGACGUUCCGGCUGUGGAAAAUCUACGUGUAUACAACUUUUAAUGCGUUUAUACGAUCCAGACAGUGGCACUAUUAGAUUGAACGACGACGACAUUCACAAAGAUGUAUCAAUCGAAGGUUUGAGAAGAAUGCUAGGGCUUGUCUCACAGGAGCCAUCUCUCUUUGAGCGUACAAUUGCUGAAAACAUCGCAUAUGGUGAUAAUUCGCGCAAAGUGUCAAUGGAUGAAAUAAUAGCAGCCGCGAAAUGUGCCAAUGCACAUUCGUUCAUUGUGUCUCUGCCAAAUGGAUAUGACACACGCUUAGGUGCACGAGGUACUCAACUAUCUGGCGGUCAAAAGCAGCGCAUUGCAAUAGCUCGAGCUUUAGUGCGGAACCCCAAAAUCUUGCUAUUAGAUGAAGCAACAUCUGCUUUAGACUUGCAGAGCGAACAGCUAGUGCAACAGGCUCUAGAUGUAGCAUGUACUGGACGCACGUGUAUAGUUAUAGCACAUCGUCUAUCAACUGUUCAAAAUGCUGACGUAAUUUGCGUUUUGAAAAAUGGUAAAAUAGUAGAAAUUGGAAACCAUCAGCAACUUAUUGCACUUAAUGGAAUUUAUUCAAAGCUUCACAAAAUGCAGAGUCACGAAAAAUAAUUCUUAAUUGAAUUAGGUUAGGGGAUAUUGUAUGAAGGAUUUUUAACGUGAUGAAUUCGAUGUGAUUGGAAAUAUCAAAUUUGUAUGUAUAUUUAAAUGUAUGCUUUUAUGUUUACUAAGUGUAAAGAUGAAAAAUGUAAUGUAACGUAUGUAUUUUGAUGCUAUAAAUCCUUUUUA